UGAGGGAAGCGCCUUUGGGUUCACGUCGGGAUGGAUCUGGCAACGAUGUAACGUGUGGCACCUCAGCUGGCUUUCGCUAUGAAGGCUCCUCAGUGCACCGUCUGACCUCCGGCUUGUGUGGUGUGCUGUGGCGUGUUGGUGGCAAGAUGCUUCGAGUCGGGACAGCGGCGGUGCGGGCGGUGGUGCAGGCGGGGGUGCAGGCUGAGGGCCGCAUGCUGAGGGCCGUGGUAGCUCCGGCCGCCACCACCACCACCACCACAAGCCCCAACCAGCAGCCGCGGCGAUGGCAAGGGGACUUCGAGCGACACCAGAUCCCCGAACGGCUGCAGUACAUCCCUGACGCCGAGGACCCGUCGUUCUUCGAGAUGGUGGAAUACUUCUUCCACCGUGGCUGCCAGGUGGUUGAGGACCAGUUGGUUGAGGAGAUGAAGGAGCGCAUCACCCUGGAGGAGAAGAGGAACAAGACGAAGGGCAUCCUCAAGAUCAUGGAGCCCUGCCACCACGUGCUCGAGGUGGCCUUCCCCGUCAAGAGGGACGACGGCACGUAUGAGAUGGUGCACGGCUACCGGGCACAGCACUCCCUCCACCGCACGCCCACCAAGGGGGGUAUCCGCUACUCCAUGGAUGUGUGUGCUGAUGAGGUGAAGGCCUUGUCAGCUCUCAUGACCUUCAAAUGCUCAUGUGUGGACGUGCCCUUUGGAGGAGCCAAGGCCGGCCUGCAGAUCGACCCCCGCAACUACUCCAUCAAUGAACUGGAGAAGAUCACCCGCCGCUUUACCCUCGAGCUGGCCAAGAAGGGAUUUAUUGGCCCUGGUGUGGAUGUGCCUGCCCCUGACAUGGGAACUGGGGAGCGGGAGAUGUCGUGGAUUGCGGACACCUAUGCCAACACCAUUGGCCAUGACGACAUCAAUGCCCACGCCUGCGUCACCGGCAAGCCCGUUAACCAGGGAGGCAUCCAUGGCCGCACCUCAGCCACCGGCCGCGGUGUCUUCCACGGCCUUGAAAACUUCAUCAAUGAGGCCUCCUACAUGGCCAUGAUCGGCAUCACCCCUGGCUGGGGGGGCAAGACCUUCAUCGUUCAGGGCUUUGGUAACGUGGGUCUGCACUCCAUGAGGUACCUGCACCGUGCGGGAGCCACCUGCAUUGGCAUCAAGGAGGUGGAUGGAGAGAUCUACAAUGCUAGUGGCAUUGAUCCCAAGGAACUUGAGAACUGGAAGAUUGAAAAUGGCACCAUCAUGGGCUUCCCCGGUGCAGAGACAUACAAGGGAGAGAACUUGCUGUAUGAGAAGUGUGACAUCCUGAUCCCUGCUGCCAUUGAGAAGGUCAUUCACAAGGGCAACGCCGGCAGGAUUCAAGCCAAGAUCAUUGCUGAGGCUGCCAAUGGACCCACCACCCCAGCUGCUGACAAAAUCCUGCAGGACAUGAAUGUGUUGGUCAUCCCAGACUUGUACAUUAACGCCGGAGGUGUCACAGUCUCCUACUUCGAGUGGCUAAAGAACCUCAACCACGUUUCCUAUGGUCGCCUCACCUUCAAGUAUGAGCGAGAGUCUAACUACCACCUGCUUGAAUCUGUUCAGGAGUCUCUUGAGCGGCGUUUCGGCCGUGUCGGUGGCAGGAUUCCCAUCACACCAUCCCAGUCUUUUCAGGAACGCAUUUCUGGCGCAUCAGAGAAGGACAUCGUGCACUCCGGCCUGGACUACGGCAUGGAGCGCUCCGCCAGGGCCAUCAUGAGGACAGCCAUCAAGUACAAUCUUGGAAUUGAUCUUCGCACAGCUGCGUACGUUAACUCCAUUGAGAAGAUCUUCAACACCUACAAGGGUGCUGGUCUCACCUUCACCUAAAUGUUAACUAUGCUUGAAUGGCAGAACUGGAUUUGUUCCCUGAUGGAAAUUCUGAACCAGCCAAGAGUUUGUAGAUAAUGAGGAACCUGAGUGGAGGUCACUACUUUUAGGUAAGGGUUCAUUCCUUGGUUUUCUUGGUGGCUCAGAACACCAUCUCACAGGAACAUCCCUUAUGAAUGUUUCUGAUCAAUUGGUAGUGUAAAAUGAUUACCCAGUUAUACAAUGUCCCAUCAUUAAGUAUUUUGUGAACAAUCAUUUAGUAGGAUGAAUUUGACUUUUGUGCACCAACUCGUAAGAGCCUAUAAAUUCCAGAGUGGACAUUGUACUUAAGGUGUGGAUGAGUCAGGGUAAUGGUGGGUGACCAUUUGUCACAGGAAGGUUUCUAUAAUGGACAACAAGUCAUUUCUGCAGCCAUGCAAAUGAUACAAGUUGUUAGUUCUGUAUGUAUAGUUACAAAUUUCUAUGUUACCGAAACAACAUGUUUUGUAAGGCAGGUGACCUUGCAGUGGUUUAUUUUAUUAAAAAUACCCAACACUUGGGAUGACCAAAUAUAA